AUGAGGGGGAAAGUCUUUCUCCUCGGCUUCUUGUUGCUCAAACUUAUGGCUCUGGUGUGCAAGGCCGACGGCGAGCCGGGGCUGCUCGGGGGCUUCGUCAUGAUCGCCACCUCCAACGGUACCCGCGAGGAGGAGAGCGUGUCCGAGCAGACGCCGCACACCGAGGACAGGUGCCGGGGCUACUACGACGUGAUGGGACAGUGGGACCCGCCGUUCAUCUGCAAGACGGGCAACUAUCUGUAUUGCUGCGGCACCUGUGGCUUCCGCUUCUGCUGCUCCUACAAGCACUCGCGCCUGGACCAGAGCACCUGUAAGAACUACGACACGCCGGUGUGGAUGAAGACCGGCCAGACCCCUUACAAGAAAAUGAACAAGCUGCACGACAGCACCAAAGACAAGACGAACUUAAUCGUCUACAUCAUCUGUGGAGUAGUGGCCAUUAUGGCUCUGGUGGGGAUUUUCACCAAAUUGGGGCUGGAAAAGGCGCACCGGCCCCAGAGAGAGAACAUGUCCAGGGCCGUUGCCAGUGUGCUGCAGGGCGGGGGUCCAGGUGAGCAGUACCGAGGAGAGGAGGCCCUCGGGAUGCAUUCGCAGCACUACGUCUCCAGGACCACAAACCUCCAGGGGGGUCAGAUCAACAACAACGUGGGACAGGGCUCGAACAUGGGUCAGCAGCACCCGUACCCCGCCCUGAGCCAGUUCGCUCACGCCUACGAACAGCAGCAGCAGCAGCAGCAACAGCAGCAGCAGCAGCAACAGCAGCAGCAGCAGCAGCAGCAGCAGCAGAAUAAAGAUUUCAACAAAUACGCCUCCCUGAAGGCUGUGGCUGCCAAGUACAACGGCGAACUCUACACCAAGCGUCGACUGAUGGUGGAGCUGCCAUCGAAGGGCGGCCUGCCUCUCCAGCCAAUGGGCAACUCCCGACCCUCCAUGGGCAACAUGUCGUCGAUGACUCCUCCGAUGACCAACAAUCCUAUGGCUUCGAAUUCAAUGGCCUCCAAUUCCAUGAACCCCAACAUCACUCAGAUGACUUCAAUGAACCCAAUGACGUCUAUGACACCCAUGACCUCAAUGACACACAUGACAUCCCUCACUCCGAUGUCCUCCAUGACCCCUAUGACUUCUCUGGGUCCACUGACUCCAGAACCCGUGGCCACCUAUGUCACAGAGAUGCCCAGUAUCUCCUCUGUGUCAACCCUCCCGUCAGAGCGGCACAUAGCAGGGGGAGGAGGUGGGGGACUUAAGCCAAAUGGCCACAAACUCAAAGGCAGCCAUGGCCACGCUGCCCACAGCUCUCACAGCUCUCACAGCUCCCACCCUCAUGCUCACAGCCAUAGUAGCAAGCCGCCAGGACAUGGGGCUACCUCCCUGGCACACAUGGUGGGGACCAUGCCAGGUGGCCUGUCCCUAGGCAUGUCCAGGCCCGCUGAGACCAACAUUGGCUCCAGCUCGGCUACAAUGGGCCGCCCAUUGGCAUACAGUUCCAACACAAUUGCGACUGGGCAUGGGAUGGGGCUGAAGGGCUGGGACGGGACUGAGACAGUGGGGCGCAGGAAGACCUACGGGCACAAGAGGCCUCAGUGUACCGUUCUGGAGCCGAACCAGCUCCAUGGCAGCAGAGGCCAAAGCCACAGCCAACACUUCCUCCCCACGCAGCCCUACUUUGUGACCAACAGCAAGACAGAGGUGACUGUGUGA